CGGCGCCGGGAGGAAAUGAUGUGUUGCUGCCUGGUUAAUCACAGCUCCAGACACCCAUUGGCCGAGCGCUCCGCAGCCACUUCCUUCUCCUCCUCCUCCCGCUCCUCCCGCUCCGGCUCCGGCUCCGGCUCCGUGCAGCCGCCGCCGCCGCCGCCGCCGCCGCCGCCGCCCGCCCCGCACCGGGGAACUCGGCCGCUUCCCGGCGAUCGCCUCCCCGACCGAGUCCCGGGCCAGCCCCCUCCGCCGGCCGGCCCCGCCCGCGGCCGUCCUCCCAGCCCGUGCCGCGGCGCCUCGGGAAGUUUAUUCCGCCCGCCCCCUCCCCUUCCUCCUCCUCCUCCUUCUCCUCCUCCUGCUCUUCACCCCGCCUCCCCGCCCUCCCUCCGCUCUCUCCCCGCGGUGGCCGCCGCUGCCGCCGCUGCCGGGCUGCUCCUCCUCGGCCGAGCCGCGCCGGUCGGUCCGCGGGCUGGGAAGCCGCUGGCCCCGCGCCCUGCGCCGCUGCAGACGCCGCUCGCUCGGGGCGCCGCCGGCCCUCGGCCCCGCGGAGUUCCGGGCUCCCCGCCGGCUGCACCGCCCCGCCCCGCGCCGCCGACCUGCAGCGCCCGCCGGCUCGCACCCGCCUCCCCCGGCGCAGCCCGAGCCGCGGCGGGACCAGAGUUGUACAAUGGUAGAUGGAGUGAUGCUUCUUCCUGUGCUAAUGAUGAUUGCUUUCCCCUCCCCAAGUAUGGAAGACACAACCUUUUUAAUGUGUUAGAUGAGAAGCCCAAGGUGAACCCCAAACUGUACAUGUGUGUGUGUGAAGGCCUCUCCUGUGGAAAUGAGGACCACUGUGAAGGCCAGCAGUGCUUCUCCUCACUGAGCAUCAACGAUGGCUUCCACGUCUACCAGAAAGGCUGCUUCCAGGUGUAUGAGCAGGGGAAGAUGACCUGUAAGACCCCGCCGUCGCCCGGCCAGGCCGUGGAGUGCUGCCAAGGGGACUGGUGCAACAGGAACAUCACGGCCCAGCUGCCCCCGAAAGAGAAAUCCUUUUCUGGAACACAGAACUUUCCCUUGGAGGUCGGCCUCAUCAUUCUGUCCGUAGUGUUCGCAGUAUGCCUUCUAGCUUGCCUACUGGGAGUCGCUCUCCGAAAAUUUAAAAGGCGCAACCAGGAACGCCUCAAUCCCAGAGAUGUGGAGUACGGCACCAUCGAAGGGCUCAUCACCACCAAUGUCGGAGACAGCACUUUAGCAGAUUUGCUGGAUCACUCGUGUACGUCGGGAAGCGGCUCUGGUCUUCCUUUUCUGGUGCAGAGAACAGUGGCUCGCCAGAUCACACUGUUGGAGUGUGUCGGGAAAGGCAGGUACGGAGAGGUGUGGAGGGGCAGCUGGCAAGGGGAGAACGUGGCUGUGAAGAUCUUCUCCUCCCGGGAUGAGAAGUCGUGGUUCAGGGAAACAGAAUUAUACAACACUGUGAUGCUGAGGCAUGAAAAUAUUUUAGGUUUCAUUGCUUCAGACAUGACAUCAAGACACUCCAGUACCCAGUUGUGGUUAAUCACACAUUACCAUGAAAUGGGAUCAUUGUAUGACUAUCUCCAGCUUACUACUCUGGAUACAGUUAGCUGCCUGCGAAUAGUGCUGUCCAUUGCUAGUGGUCUUGCACAUUUGCACAUAGAGAUAUUUGGAACCCAAGGGAAACCAGCUAUUGCUCAUCGAGAUUUGAAAAGCAAAAACAUCCUGGUGAAGAAGAAUGGACAGUGUUGCAUAGCAGAUUUGGGUUUGGCGGUCAUGCAUUCCCAGAGCACCAAUCAGCUGGACGUGGGGAACAACCCACGCGUAGGCACCAAGCGCUACAUGGCCCCCGAAGUGUUGGAUGAAACCAUCCAGGUGGACUGCUUUGAUUCUUACAAGAGAGUCGAUAUUUGGGCUUUUGGACUUGUCUUGUGGGAAGUGGCCAGGCGGAUGGUGAGCAACGGUAUUGUGGAAGAUUACAAGCCACCAUUCUAUGACGUGGUUCCCAAUGACCCAAGUUUUGAAGAUAUGAGGAAGGUGGUCUGUGUGGAUCAACAGAGGCCAAACAUACCCAACAGAUGGUUCUCAGAUCCGACAUUAACUUCUCUGGCCAAGCUGAUGAAAGAGUGCUGGUAUCAAAACCCGUCCGCAAGACUCACAGCUCUGCGUAUCAAAAAGACUUUGACCAAAAUUGAUAAUUCCCUAGACAAAUUGAAAACUGACUGUUGACAUUUUCAUGGUGUCAAGAAGGAAGAUUUGACGUCGUCGUCAUUGUCCAGCUGGGACCUAAUGCUGGCCUGACUGGUUGUCAGACAGAAUCCAUCUGUCUCCCUCCCCAGAUGGCUGCUUCCACAAGGCAGGCAUCUCACCCAGCCAUGUGUCAGGGAGACACCAAAACCACCCUAACCUCGCUCAAUGACUGUGAACUGGGCAUUUCACAACUGUUCACACCGCAGAGACUGAUGUUGGACAGACACUAUUGCAAAGGUAGGGAACUGGAGGAACACAGAGAAAUCCUAAGAGAGAUCUGGGCAUUAAGACAGUGGCUUUGCAUAUCUUUCACGAGUCUCCUAGACACUCCCCACGGGAAAUUCAAGGAGGUGGUGAAUUUUUAAUCAGCAAUAUUGCCUGUGCUUCUCUUCUUUAUUGCACUAGGAAUUCUUUGCAUUCCUUACUUGCACUGUUACUCUUAAUUUUAAAGACCCAACUUGCCAAAACAUUGGCUGCAUACUCCAUUGGUCUGUCUUUGGAUAAUAGGAAUUCAAUUUGGCAAAACAAAAUAUAAUGUCAGACUUUGCUGCAUUUUACACAUGUGCUGAUGUUUACAAUGAUGCUGAACAUUAGGAAUUGUUUAUACACAACUUUGCAAAUUAUUUAUUAUUUGUGCACAUAGCAGUUUUUACAAAACUGCUCUGUGCAUAUGUUAAAGCUUAUUUUUAUGUGGUCUUAUGAUUUUAUUACCGAAAUGUUUUUAACACUAUAAUCUGAAAUGGACAUUUUCUUUUAUCCUCAGUUAAAUUCACAUUUUAAGUGCUUCACAUUUGUAUGUGUGUAGACUGUAACUUUUUUUUUUUUUCAGUUCAUAUGCAGAACGUAUUUAGCCAUUACCCAUGUGACACCACUGAAUAUAUUACUGAUUUAGAAGCAAAGAUUUCAGUAGAAUUUUAGUCCUGAACGCUGUGGGGAAAAUGCAUUUUCUUCGGAAUUAUCCAUUAUGUGCAUUUAAACUCUGCCAGAAAAAAAAAAUAACUAUUUUGUUUUAAUCUACUUUUUGUAUUUAGUAGUUAUUUGUAUAAAUUAAAUAAAAUGUUUUCAAGUCAA